AGAAGGGCGACUCUCUCCUGACGAGGCUUCGGGUGACAUCACAUCCUCCGAAUGCGAAAUCGGGCUCCGUGGCCGGCCCAAGGGCGCAACUUCCCCCUCUGCAUCCCCUCCGCUUCUGCGCGCCUCGGGUCGCGAGGGAGCUUCGAGCUGAACCGCGCCGGGGAGCGCGCCAUGGCCUCGCCGGUGACCGCCCUGCUCCUGCCGCUGGCCCUACUGCUCCACGCCGCGCUGGCCCUCGGGUCGAACUCGUUCCGGAUGACGCCGCCGGACGUGCAGGGGCAACUGGGCCAGAGGGUGGACCUGCGCUGCGAGGUGCGGCUGUCCAACUAUGGAUCGGGCUGCUCGUGGCUCUACCAGGGGCGCGAACCUGCCGCCAGCCCCAAAUUCCUGAUGUAUAUCAGCAAAGGCCGGAUCAAGACGGCCGAGGGGCUGGACACCGACCAGUUCUUAGGCGAGAGGGCCCAGGACAGCGUCUUCGGCCUCACCCUGCGCCGCUUCCGCGAGGAGGACCAAGGCUACUAUUUCUGCUCCAUCCUGAGCAACUCAAUAAUGUACUUCAGCCCCUUCGUGCCCGUCUUCCUGCCAGCUAAGCCCACGACGACGCCCGCGCCGCCACCACCCACGCCGCGACCAUCCACGCGGGCGCCCGCCAACGCGUCGCAGCCGGCGACCCCGCGCCCAGAGGAGUGCCGGCCCGCGGCGGGCAGAGCAGUGGACAAGAAGUGGCUGGACUUCGACUGUGAUAUCUACAUCUGGGCGCCCCUGGCUGGGACCUGCGCGGUCCUUCUGCUGUCGCUGUUCAUCACCAUCAUCUGCAACUACAGGAACCGAAGACGUGUUUGCAAAUGUCCCAGGCCCGUGGCCAGACCUGCAGGCAAGCCCACCUUUUCAGAGAGAUACGUCUAACAUGGCGACAGGCCCUGUGCGACAGCCACUACAAGCCUUCAAACUGAGAACUCUCUGCAUGAGGAGAGCAACAGUCCUUCCCUUUUGGUUUGUCUAGCCUUCCUUCCUUAUGUAUUCAUUGUCAUUAUUAUUUUCGUGCAGGUGGGGUGGGAAGGGUUCCUUUUUCUUUAUGUGUUUACUUCAGUUGACACAAAACAGGACUAUAUAAUGUCAAUGGUACACCGCAAGGGUUACAACACCAUUGUGCACACAUGCUGGGGUAAAGGGCGGGCAGGCCAGAGCUACCGCAAGCUGUGUUCUCAGAAUCAGGCUGUUAGAGCUGGCAGGGGGCCUCGGCCCCCACUCAGCCCAAACCUCUUUCUCACCCAUUUUACAAAGGAGGAGGCUGAAGUCCAGAAACGGGGAGCAGCUUAGCUGAGUCACAUCAAGGCUCAGACUCUUCCUCCACACCAUUCAGGUCUUUCUUCCGGAGGCCUCUGUCUUAGCGUGAGGUACUGUGUCUCAAACCGCAAGGGAACAAGUUCUUUCUUGAGCACCUGUGAUAGACCCAUUACUGCACCCAGAGCUCUGAGGAGGUAAGGAAAUAAGACAAGAGAACUUCUGCCCUUCGCAGAGUUCUGUAAUGUAGUUAAACAGACUUUUUCAUAGUCAGGCGUGAAAUUGUAUAGACAGGAAUUCCUCAAAUAAAGUGGAAGGGGUGAACUGAAUCCUGGAAAAUGAAUCACUCCAUCUCGAAAGAAAAUCUAAGUGGAGGUAAAGUUGCUCUCCCAGGCCCUGCAUUGCAGAGGGACCCAGGAAAGAGGAGAGGCCACCCCUUCACAAAUAUGAUUUGAGUUUCAGCGAAGUUGAACAGAGGUCCUCUUGAAUCUCUAAACUUGAGAUGCCAUAUUUGAACAUGCUCCUGGGAUCAUCGAUGACUUUUUACAGUUUGUAAAGGCAGAACUGGUAGAGAGCUGCCAGCACAGUCCCUAGCCUCCCCUCGACCAACAGAUGUGAGGAUGUGGCAGGACAGACUCUGGUGAGGAGGCUGAGAGCCAAAACUGCUGCCCUACCCAUGCAUUUCCUCCCUUAUGGUGUUGUACAAGAAAUGUGUGCUCAUUGGAAGAAAAAUCUUACAUAGAUACGGAAAUAAGGAUCACCCACAAUUCUUUACCUCAGGUAGAAUCCAUUGUUAAUAUUAUGGUGUACAUUCUUCUUGAUUAUUUUCUAUGCAUAUAUGUAAAAUAUAUACUUUGCUUUUUUAAAAAUGGGAUUGCACUAUGCUUUUAUAAGUGGCUUUAAUAAACAUUUAUAGCAUACUUU